AUGCCCGAGCUCAAAGAUAUUCCCUUGGCUGAUGACCCUCUUCCCACUCAUGGGACAUCCAAGGGAGAACAUAUGACUGCAAUCAAGAACGAAACAUCUAUCGAUGAGAUGUUAGCUGUUGUUGCAGCAAAGAAAGCAGCGCUAGGUGGCAAGGCCAAUGCUAAGCCUUAUACAGGCAUUGUUCUCAAGUCUAAAGCACACAAGACUGGGGAGAGUUUGGUACCAGCCUCCAAAGUGUUGAAUGACCAGCCGGAAUUGAUAAUCUCUAAGCGCAAGGGGGAGGUCAAGGAUGCUGGCUUCAAAAGGCGUAAGACGCAGCAGUAA